UUUUUGGGGAAAAAGCUCAGGGAGAUAUACAUUAUUGUUGCCCUACACGAUUAGCAUCGGGGACGUUAGAGGGUAUGGUACAUCAGUUAGCUAGAGAAUUCUUCCUUAUUGGGAGGGGGAAUCCUGGAAUUGUGCUCUCGGUGAUGGGAAUCCUGCCAGAUUACCUUAUGUUAAACAGUAAAGAUUUUGAAAGAGGGUCAUGAGAAAGGUCACGUUAUUCCUAAACAGGCAAAACCCAUAUUCAGGUCAAAAAUUAGGAAGAUCAUGGGAUUUAUUGAUCGAGAGCUACAGGUUAUAGAUUUGAGCAAUACAUUGAGAUACAUUUUGUUGAGAGAUCUAGACCAGGCGUUUUUCAAGUUACAGUUUCUAGUGGGUGACAGGGCUGGGGUUUUAUCCCAUUUAAAAUCUCAGGAAAUAACCAAACUGGGCGAUGGUUCAGGAUUCUGUAUUUCUCUAAGCUUUGGUAAAACAUUGUGUGGAGGAAGAGCAACAUAUUUGUCUUGAGAAAAUGUGAGGACAAGAUUAUGUGUCCGGUAAAGGGAUUAGAAGAUUAUGUUAAAGUUAUGAAAAGUGAAGGGGUGGAUUUAUCAGUUGGGUAUCUUUUUCGGCCAAUGUCAAAUUCGGGUAUAAUAUUGGAGGAACCGUUGAAGUAUAAUGCUAUUCAUGAUCGUCUGAAAUAUUAUCUAGCAACGUUAGGUUUGGAUGAAGGGGAGACCCCCCAUAGCUUGAGGGUAGGAUGUGCAUUAACAAUGGUACAUGUACUUCCCGGGGCUGCAACAUCCUCCUCGGAGGUGAUGCGUCACGUAGGUUGCUUCACAGAUGAAAGCGUACAAUAUUAUACAUGGGUAGGAUUGCUAAAAGAUUCUGAGCUAGAGUGUAUCCAGUAGAUUGGCAAAAGCUGUUGUAAAUAAUGACGAGCCAGAAAAUAUUUUUAAGGCAACAUACUAAAUCUGUGCCAGCGUUUCAGCCAUAAAUUGUUUUUUGUAAUAGUGUAUGUGAUGUAUUGUAAAAUAAAUGUAUUAAUUAUGUCACUAUGUUAAUUUUGAGUUUGGAAUCAUAAAGUUAUAAAUGAGAGUAAAAUAUUUUCGUUAUUUAAGUAUUGGGAGGAGAGAAGAGAAUAAAAGUUU